UUACUAGUGGUUACUAGUAGUUGGUGGUGGUUGUUGGUAGGUACUAGUAGCUACGGUAGUUACUAGUAGUUGCUGGUAGUUACUAGUAGUUACUGGUACUUACUAGUAGUUGUCGGUAGCUACUAGUAGUUACUAGUAGUUGAUGGUAGUUACUAGUAGUUACUGGUAGUUACUAGUAGUUACUAGUAGUUGAUGGUAGUUUUUGGUAUUUACUAGUAGUUACUAGUAGUUACUGGUAAUUACUAGUAGUUGUUGGUAGUUACUAGUAGUUACUGGUAGUUACUAGCAGUUACUGGUGGUUACUGGUAGUUACUAGUAGUUGUCGGUAGUUAUUAGGAGUUACUGGUAGUUAAUGGUAGUUGUCGGUAGUUACUAGUAGUUACUGGUAGUUGGUGGUAUUUUUUGGUAGUUACUAGUAGUUAGUGGUAGUUACUAGUAGUUGUCGGUAGUUACUAGUAGUUGUCGGUAGUUACUGGUAGUUACUAGUAGUUGUCGGUGGUUACUAGUGGUUACUAGUAGUUGGUGGUGGUUGUUGGUAGUUACUAGUAGUUACUGGUAG